CUACUUAAACCUUCCUCGUCCACCCAACUCCCACAACCACACCAUCCACCACCAAAAAGUCGGAGACAACCGAGCAGUACACCUAGACCAGCCCCUGUCCUCUACAAUUUUCCUCAUCGGCGUGCUAUCGAGACUUCAAGUUCGCCUUAUCGCCAGAUGGAAAACCGUAUUACCGACGACGCUUCCGGUCCUGUUGAGCUGACCCCAUCUACCGCCGAUCCUGAAUCGGUAUCCCUUGAGGAAUGUGUACGGAAAUUUCAAAACUGGUGGUUAGGUGGUGAGAGUUUUGGCUGUCCCGGAGGUGAGGAGGGAUUGGAGCUAAGAAUGCAAAUGCCUAAAUCUGAUUUUAUCAGAUUCAGCGAGAUCUUAGAUGUAGGCGAUGAUGAAAAGUAGGACUCCCUCUUGACUCCACUUUAAAGUCAAUUACUAAGUAGUGUCAGGUUUCCGAAAAUUUCGUUUAAUGCGUUAACCUCCACACUCAUCAUUCAACAUAUGCCAACCCCGAUUCAUGAAAAGGUUAUCAGCACAGUCUCGGAAGGGUUCAAUCUAGCAAGAAGUAGCCUCCCUACACCGCUUCGUGAGAGAAUCGCCAUCGUCUACAAUGAAAAUUUCCGCUCUUUUAAACGUGGUUACAGAGGGUCCCGAAAAGUACCCGAUACCAUGGUUCAAGUGGAAAAUGCAGCAGGGACUCUGGAGGUAAAGUUCAUAUUGGAAGUGGGUUAUGCUGAGACGUAUGACGAUCUGGUUCGGGAUGCCAGAAUGUGGUUAGAGAGAACAGACACCGUGUCCACAGUGAUGCUAGUAAAAAUGAAUGAGGAUCCCGCUUACCAAAAUCCAACCUCACGACUUACCGAUAAAGAGUUUGACACCCCAGAAUUUCCUCCAUCUGGAGAAGUUUCCCAAGAACAUUUCUCCCUUGAUGAGGCCCAUGGACCUGCUUGUUAUAAAGGUCUACGUUGGGUCGGAAAAAUUACCGGUUCAAUUGAAAUCUGGAAACGUCAUCCCACGUCUCACUUGGCAAUUCGCACGUUCGGCCCCCAUGUAAUUGACUCCUCAAGACGGGGAAAGAUGAUGUUUCUGAUAUAGCUAACUUGCAUAGAACCACUUAAACGCAGAAAAUACGACCUAUACAUACUUUCACCUCUCCGAUUUCUUGGACGUCUCCUUUGAAGAAGACCAUCAUGUUGGCUUUGACUGGGGUCUCUUCCACAGAGAACUAGGAACUUAUAUCAGUGAGUUGGCGGUGGAACGGGCUGGUGAGGCACUCGAAGCUCUUGAAGGAAGAGCGAAUAUGCUGGACCAUGCUUUUCAACCCUCCCCUGCCGCUGGUUCCACGUAG